AGACUUAGCUGCUCUGAACACACACACGCAUAGAUUUUAUCGUCGCCCCAAAGCAAAGCAAAAUGGCUCUUCAAUUCACCCCCAUGGUUUCUCAAACUAAGAAACUACCUUCUUUUGGUCUUCCACCCAUGGCCACCCUUAGAUCUCCCAAGGUUUCUAUGGUCUCCACUGUCCCCCCUCGCUCCAAAGAGGCAGAAACACUGAAGCAGCCGUUCAUGGCACCUAAGCUGGUGCAUCAGGCCACACACACCAUGCCUCCCCAGAAGAUCGAGAUCUUUAAAUCUUUGGAUGAUUGGGCUAGGGAUAACAUUCUCAUUCAUCUUAAACAAGUUGAUAAAUGUUGGCAGCCUAAGGAUUUUCUUCCUGAUCCUUCAUCUGACGGAUUCGAGGACCAAGUCCGAGAGCUCAGAGCGCGGGCGAAUGAGAUUCCAGACGAGUACUUCAUCGUGUUGGUCGGUGACAUGAUCACGGAGGAAGCCCUUCCGACCUACCAAACAAUGCUUAAUACAUUAGAUGGAACUCGUGAUGAAACUGGUGCUAGCCCUACUUCUUGGGCUACUUGGACGAGGGCUUGGACCGCCGAAGAGAACCGGCACACUGAUCUACUCAACAAGUAUCUCUACUUGUGUGGGAGGGUGGACAUGAGGCAAGUUGAGAAGACGAUUCAGUAUUUGAUCGGAUCCGGAAUGGAUCCGGGUACGGAGAAUAGCCCUUACUUGGGAUUCAUCUACACAACUUUCCAAGAAAGGGCGACUUUUAUCUCCCAUGGGAAUACAGCCAGGCUAGCCAAGGUGCAUGGUGACAUGAAUUUGGCUCAGUUAUGUGGUUCGAUUGCUGCAGACGAAAAGCGUCACGAGACAGCAUACACUAAAAUCCUCGAAAAGCUCUUUGAGAUCGAUCCCGACGGAUCCGUCCAGUCCUUUGCCGACAUGAUGAGGAAGAAAAUAUCGAUGCCAGCCCACUUGAUGUACGAUGGCAUAGACGAAAACCUCUUCGACCACUAUGCAUCCGUUGCGCAACGAAUCGGGGUUUACACGGUCAAGGACUAUGCCGAUAUAGUUGAGUAUCUGGUGGAGAGAUGGAAGGUGGAGCAACUCACCGGACUUUCGCCCGAAGGCCGUGAAGCUCAGGACUUCGUGUGCCGUCUUGCACCGAGAAUUAGAAGGCUGGAGGAGAGAGCUCAAUUGAAGGCUACUACGGAAACACCCAGUGUUCCAUUCAGCUGGGUUUCUGGCAGGCAAGUUAAGCUCUGAAUUCCCUGUCCAAGUAGCUUGUCACGCAAGAAGAGAAGGGCCUAGAGGAAAUUGUGCUGAAAAACGUGUCUAGUUGUAAUUUAAAUAAGUGUUAGUUUGGGGACUUAAGUGAGGUUGUUUCUGUGUGUGUGUGUGCACCAACAAUGAAGUAUCAAGUUCCUUCUA